AUGUCUAGCAACCAAUUGUUUGAUGAUAUUACUGGUGAAGAUAACAUGUCAUUCGAGUAUAAAGGAAUCUCUAAUUUUGAAAAUAGUUUCGACGAAAAUAUUAUUAGUGAUAAAAAUAUUAUUGAUGACAAAAAUGAUAACUAUUAUGAAGAUGGUGGUUAUACUGAAGAUGAAGAGAAUAAUACGACAGGAUCUUUGCCUAUUACAUCUUACUUUACUCCCCAAAUAGGACCUACAAAAAAAAGUUCAAACCCAAAUAAGUAUACUCGCCGUGAUAAAUUAACAAAAAUUAAACAUUGUGAUGUUAAUAUAUAUAAUGAUGACGGUACUUCAAAAAGUGAAGCACAACCACCACUAACAUCAACUACAACUCCCACAUCAACCCCCAACAAACAAUCGAAGCAAUGCAACAUUAAAGGAGAUGAUGUCUCAAAUGAUGAUUUCU